AUGGCUCUCGGUGAGGAGGGGGCCGAUCAGAGGUGUGAGCAUCCCGGGCAGCUGGGGGACCUGUUUGCCGCCUCUCUGCCUUGGGCAGCUGGCAGAGCCCUAGGAUGCCCUGAUCGGCGGAGCUCCCAGCCACCUACCAGCCAAGGGGCCAUCUCCAGGGCUGUCAUGCUGAUUGGGGUGAUCCUAGCCCUUUUCCAGAGUGUCCAGGCUGAACAGGGUACCAAACAACACCAAACAAAUGUUGCCCCCUCUACAGAGUCUCUUGCUAACUGGAGAUCUAUAUUUUCACCAACAUGGCCUUCAACAGAAAUUAAGUCUUCCUCAAUGGCUGACAUGUCAAUGAGACAAACAUUGGAGAAUGCAAACUUGCUUCAGAUAAUAAAAACAACACUGACUGGUGCCAGAACUAUGGAUCAAACUAAUUUUUCGCCCACCCUUUACCAAGGCAGUGGAAAUAGUGCAUCCCAGGAGCCUCCCGAAGUUUCAGCUGAAUCACCAGUGAGGUCAUCAUCUCAAGAUGUAGAUGAAACAGCUAUUGUAUCAGGUUUGCCUCAAAUCAGUAUGUUUUCCACAUUGUCCACAAAACCAUCAAUGACACAUUCAAGUACUGCUGUGCCAUCUCAGCUAACAUCAUUAGCAACACCCUCCAUUUCAAAAGAAAGCACAUCAGGAUCAGACAUUCUUGCAACUGUUCCAUCACCAUCAUUUUCUUCAUUGGUAAUACAAUCACCUCAUACCAUUAUCUUUUCUAAGUUGACUGUACUACCCACCAAAGUGCCUUUAUCCACAGAUACUGAAAGUUCCUUCCACAUAGAUUCAACUGACUCUCAUUUUAGUGCAAGCAGAGAUAAUCCACCAAGCACAGUCACUGCUGUAAAUUCCAGUAUAGUGAAUCACACAUUAUCCAGAAGGGGUCCCAAAGAGGUCACAGGUACCACAUCACUUAAUAGCUUUGGAUCAACAAUGAUACAUUCCACAAAGACAAUGGGAAGAGUGUCACCCUCAGAAAGUACGUCCCUACUAUCUGCACACUCUCCUACUUCUCUGUCAGUAAUAUCCUCUCAGUCUUUCCUACCAAUAGCUUCUGAAACGGCGUCAUGGCUUCCUACUGAAAGAACUUCAUUGUCUCACUCAACAGAUAAUGUGUCUUCUUCUGGAGCAAUACCCACCAAUCUGCCAUUCAAGGCAGUGGUGACUGACAGAGAGAAUGUCAUCAGCCCAGCUGCAUCAUCACCAGCUUUUAAUAGUAAAUCAGAGAUUCCAAUGGUUAGUACUUCAUUCUUUCAUACCGUGGGCACUAUAUCUGCAUUACCAAAAGUGACAAGUCAUCAGUCUUCCACAGCAACUAAUGACAUGUCGGGUUCUACCAAGGCAAUAUUUUUAUCACCAGCUUCUAAUAGCCCAAUGGGAGUCUCCCAUUCAACAGAAAAUAGGUCUUCCUUUACUGUGCCAAGAACAUUUAUUCCAGAUGCAAUAAGCACUAGCAAUGCAGUAGUUCCACCACCAGCACCUACAAGUAUAUCAGACUUUCUUUUCAGAAAAACCACACUUCCUUAUUCAACAGAUAAAGAAUCUUCCUUAAUAACUGUGACAAAUCAUACUUUUAAUAUUAUAGCACAUACUAGCAAUGCAACAAACUCAACACCAGCCUAUGAGAACACUUCUACAUUCCCUCUAAUAAAUAUUUCGUCCCUUCGCUCAACAGUGUCAAUCAGUCAAGUUUUUGGAAAAGAGGUAACUGAUACAGUUUAUGAAGCCAACACAGUGAUAUUAUCAAGUGAUUUUGAACAUACUUUGCAACCUUUUGAUGGCUCUUCAGUUAGAGAGGCAUCCCAUCAGUCUUUCGAAACAGGUAGUACAGCCAAAGUGUACACUAACAUACACGCUAACAAUGUCCUUUCUUAUGGAUCUCAACGUUCCAGAGUUUUUCCAGAAACUCGAGCCAGGAAACACACAACAGGAACAAUGCUGCGUGAAAGUAUUUUGAAAACAGAAAUCAUCGGUUCUGUUACUACAUCUGCAGUAUCAUUACCCACUGCCAAUACAGGCCUUUCAAAAUCUGUGUUCACUAUUAAAGAUACACCUGCUAUUCAUAAUUCUACAACUUCACAGCUUUCAGCUAUUAAUGGAGAAAGUCCAACUGUAGACUUUACAGAAAAUGAAGAAACAAAUACAGGAGCAUUCACCAUUGUCACUCCACAUAUAGAAUAUGUCCCUCUACCAGCUUUAAAUAAACCUGAUUUUUCCACUGAUCAAGUUUCAAUCACAGAUGAUACAAAACCAUGGACCACUAUUGUGCCUUCAGAAUUAUAUGCAUUUCCAUCAUUUGUUCCAGCAACAGAAGCCCCAUACAGCCCAGCAUCAGCUUUCUCUAGUAUUUCAAAUGCUGCCUCUGAAAGCAGUUUAGAUACUACAAAGAUACCUAUAAUUACUGCUUCAGCUUCUGAAUGGAGUACUACAGCCGUGCUUACUUCAGCUGGUGUUAGUGUUCUGUCAGUAAAAGAAACAACCAACAUUCCAAUAAUAGAAGUUUCUCCAAGCACUUCUUCAUUAGAAACUGGGUAUCACACCCCAUAUUCAACAAUUUCAGGUCUGCAACCGCAAAUAAAUGAUGUUACAAACAAACAAACUGCUUCUAUCUCUGUAACUUUAGAAACAUCUACAUCUGCAACAUCUAAUCAAAAGGUUUCAACUUCACCUUUGAUUGAAAUUAAGUCUCCUAAUUUCACACAAUUUAACAUACGUUCAUCUGCCCUGGAAAUGUCUAGUGUUCAGUAUUCGUCCCAUGCUACCACUACAGCACUACCUGCAGCACAGUCAAAAAAAGAUACUGACACAACUCAAAAUGUUACUGAAUUCUUCACUCUCAGGGACACUAACUUCACUGAAAACUUUGAAAUAUCCCCCCAUCUGUAUUUGCCGACAGUGAAGGAUUUUGCAGCUGAUGAUACAAGUACUGCUUCUAACACUCUGAAAUCUCAGACAACCCAUGGUGAAAAUGUCUCUUCAUCAACAAAAGCCUUAUACGCAACACAAUCUGAGAUACCAUUGGCUUCUCAAUUCACUGACAAUUUGAUUGUCUCAGCUAAUAAUGAAAUUAGUUCUAUCAGUGGUACACAACCAACAAUUUCUUCCUUUCCAGUAGCCAAACAAUCUUCAAGUUCAACACCGAUAUCUAUUCUAACUACAAAAAAAUACAUGACUUCUGGAAAUUUGACAGACUUUACAAACAGCUCUGUUUCAGAACCACCUAGUCACUUGACUAGCGUUAUUCAAAAACAAGCUACGUUUAGUACAGAGACGUGGCAUGCAAAUGGUACAGGUGAUAUUCUAAUUACAGUUGCUGUACCUAAUGAAUCUACCAAUGGCACCCCAUCGCAAACACAUACCACCAAUGCUUUGCAGUCAGUCAUCAUAACUUCUGUCCAUGCAUCACCAACACAAAUAACCUCUGCUUUUUUGCCAACAACCAACUUUACCCAUUCUGUCAUUACAGUGCUACCUUCAGUGUCGGCGGGUGCAAUACCUACAGUAGCAACUUCAGAAGCAAAAUCAGUAACAGGAAAAUCUGCGCCAACUUCGUCCUUUUUUUCUCUAGGCACUGAAAAUGCACCCUUGCUGUCUGUGACAGCAUUAAGCACAUUGAUAUCAACACUAGCAAAAAAUAACAGUGCCUCAAAAAUGACAUCGACAGUACCAGCACAUACAAACUUUCCGUUUGCACCAAGACACACACCGACAUCACCCCCCCACACCACUGUUAUGUUUCUAACCAAUAAAGUUAGCACAGUCACAGCUUCCACACUGACAUCCACAACACACACACAAAGACAGAUAGAAACCACAGUACCUGACACCAAGAAAUUCACAAGCUCAGAAAUCACCAAAACAUCAACUGCAUAUCCACUGACAAUUACAGCAGCUUUGACAUCUAUUACAGCAUCAGCGAAAACAACUAGGCUCCCCCCUGCUCCAGUGGAAAACAAUUCUGCUGCUCCUACAACUGCAAUUGCAACUUUCGCGAAUGUGACAACAGUUCCCCCUCCGGAAUGCCAGCUGUCCAGUAACCUUAUGGUUAAAUCAGUUCUGUUCCUGAACACAAGAAGGCUGCUGAUCAGCAAUUCCUUAAAAGAGAAUGUGACAAAAGGACUCACCCAAGCAUUGAGACAAGCUUUCAACCAAAAUGUCAACGCUCAAGUUGAAAUUCUGGAACAAUCAAACAAUGUGACAGUUGGUUACUACGUUACGAAGGGGAGGUUGGUUUUUAUACCUGCUGUUGUUAUUGAAAUGCUCAUUGCUUAUGGUAUUAGCAACACCACAGCGGACAUAAAGCAGCAUGUGCCAAAUCUUCAGUCUGUUGCUGUACUGGCCUUACCAUGGAAUCCAUUACCUGCAUACCACUUCCAGCUGAAAACAGAGCUGCAGUUUGUUGGUCAAGCAGACAACAUACAGUCAUGCAAGUUUGUUCAGACCAUGGAGCAACGGUUACGAAAAGCAUUCGAGGAUGCUGAAAGAAAGGUCUUAAACACUAGCAACAAUUUAACAGUUCAGAUUUUGAACACAUCAAAUGUCUCCCAAGCUGUCACUUUGUUUUAUGUGGUGAGCAAUCAAAGUACAGCCCUAAAUGGCACCAUCUCCAGCUACCUUCUUAAUCAGCUUUCAGCUGAGCUGGUGGGAUUCUAUCUUACCUAUCCGCCACUGACCAUUGCAGAAUCUUUGGAGUAUCCAAACCUCGAUGUCUCAGAAACUACUAGAGACUACUGGGUGAUUACAGUUAUACAAGGGGUCGACAUUACAUUACUGGGACUUAACAACCAAAGCUUUGCAAGACUAAUGGAGCAGCGGCUGGCCCCACUGUUCGUGAUGUCCCAUCAACAAGGAAGGCGAUUUAAACGCGCUACUACUGUGGGCAGCUACACUGUGCAGAUGGUAAAAAUGCAGCGUAUUCCAGGACCCAAGGAGCCCGCUGAACUGACUUACUAUACAUUAUACAACAGGAAACCUCUGCUGGGAACUGCAGCUGCCAAAAUGUUGAGUACUGUUGAUUCUCAAAGGAUGGCCUUGACGUUAGGUUAUGUCAUCCAAGUACAAGCUGAUCCUGUGGUGAAAAACCCACCAAACAACCUGUGGAUCAUUGCAGCAGUGCUGGCUCCCAUUGCUGUGGUUACGGUUAUCAUCAUCAUCAUCACAGCAGUUCUGUGCAGGAAGAACAAGAAUGAUUUCAAACCAGACACCAUGAUGAACCUGCCUCAGAGAGCUAAACCAGUACAAGGUUUUGACUAUGCCAAGCAGCAUUUAGGUCAGCAGGGAGCUGAAGAUGAGGUUUUACCUGUGACUCAGGAGACUGUAGUGCUACCACUUCCAGUUAGAGAUGCUCCUGCCUCCCAGGAGAGAGAAAUUGCUCAGGAUGGGAGCACCAUUAAAACUGCCAAGUCCAAUGAAACAAGAAAAAGCAGGUCGCCUAGUCAGAAUGGUUCUGUCAUCAGCAACGAAUCAGAAAAGCCCAGUUCAGGCAGAAGCUCUUCACAGAAAGUAAUGGUACAGCAGAAAAUGACAAAAGAUGAGGGAAGAAAGAGAAAUGUGCCCCUUAGUGAUGAAGAGGAGGGAGGCAUUCUCUUUGAGAACAUCGCCAAGUCUGCCCUUGAUCCCUUUGACACAUCUUCUGGAUCUGUACAGCUGAUUGCUAUCAAACCUAUAGCAUUGCCUCCCGCUCACCCGGCAUCAGACAGGAGCCAGGAAUCUGCUAUCAUUAAUGGAGAGGUAAACAAAGCCUUGAAGCAGAAGUCCGAUAUAGAGCACUAUCGGAACAAGCUGCGCUUGAAAGCCAAGAGAAAAGGAUACUAUGAUUUCCCCCAGAUUGACAACAACAAAGGGCUGACAGAAAGAAAAAAGAUAUAUGAGAAAGCACAAAAGGAAAUAGACCAUGUUUUGGAACCAGAAGCAGAUGUAUCUUCUCCAUUUGCAGAGCCUAAGAACAGGCAGCAGACAAAGAACUCUGUGUACAGAAGCAGACAGUCUCUGAACAGCCCUAGCCCAGGAGAAACCGAGAUGGAUCUUCUAGUUACCCAGGAGAGACCAAGGCGUGGGAUCCGCAACAGUGGAUAUGAUACAGAACCUGAAAUGAUAGAAGAAACAAAUGUUGACCGUGUCAACGAACCUCGAAGUUAUACCAGAUCCCGUCAGGCUAAAGGCCAUUCUGAGACAUCAACUUUAAGUUCUCAGCCUUCCAUUGAUGAAGUUAGACAACAGAUGCACAUGCUAUUGGAAGAGGCAUUUAGUCUGGCAUCUGCAGGCCAUGGAGGGCAGAACAGACAAGAUGCUCACAGUUCAGCACAACACUUACCAUACUCUGAAGUGGUGACCAGUGCUCCUGGUACCAUGACCCGACCCAGAGGGGGAGUACAGUGGGUGCCAACAUAUAGACCAGAAAUGUAUCAGUAUAGCUUACCAAGACCAGCGUAUAGGUUUUCUCAGCUUCCUGAAAUGGUAAUGGGCUCUCCCCCGCCCCCGGUUCCUCCCAGAACAGGUCCUGUGGCUGUGGCAUCUCUCAGGAGGUCGACAUCAGAUAUUGGCAGCAAGACAAGAAUAUCUGAAUCCAGUGGGACUGAGCAGGCCCUACAGCAUGAUCCUGCAUCCUUUGCCCCAGGUUCAAGAGCUCCAGUAUCUGUGGGUCCAUUGGAUCAGUCAGCAUUGAACUACUCAGGAAAUACAGUACCAGCAGUGUUUGCCAUACCAGCAGCAAACCGACCUGGAUUCACAGGCUAUUUCAUCCCAACACCACCCACAGCAUACAGGAACCAAGCCUGGAUGCCCUAUGCUGGAGAUAAUGAAUUACCAGGGCAAUGGGCAGACUCGGUUCCACUCCCUGGUUACAUAGAGGCUUAUCCACGAUCACGCUACCAACAUAACUCUCCUUCAAGACUUCCCCGCCAGUACAGUCAGCCAGCAAACAUGCAUCCUAGUCUGGAACAGGCUCCGUUGCCUUCUACUGCAGCUUCUCAGCAUAGCCUCUCAGAAAACGACCCUUCCGACACACCUCUUACCAACAUUUCUACAGCUGCUCUAGUGAAGGCAAUAAGAGAGGAGGUUGCUAAACUGGCCAAGAAACAAACAGACAUGUUUGAGUUCCAGGUCUAA